AUGACGUUCCUCGAGCUUCGGGGCAGAGCCCUUAUCUUUAUGAUCCUAAUUACAUCGGGACUUGACUUCCUGCUAUUUGGGUACGACCAAGGACUCUUUGGUGGUAUCUUGUCUGGCGAACGCUUUCAGGACACUUUGGGCAACCCCGAUUCGACUAUGACAGGCCUUGUUACUGCUAUCUACGAUAUCGGCUGUGCGUUGGGCGCCGUCGCUGCUUUCGUAUGGGGCGAGAGAAUCGGCCGAAAGAAGUCUAUCAUCGCGGCCAACGUUAUUGUCAUCGUGGGCGCAGCGGUCCAGACCGCCAGCUUUGAUUAUUGGCAGAUGUUUGUUUUCCGCAUUGUCGCCGGCGUUGGCGUCGGCCUCUCCACUGUCGCAGUCCCCAUCCUACAAUCCGAGACUCUUCCGGCUCACAACAGAGGAGCCUUGCUCGUUGUUCAGAGUGCGCUGAUCAUCAUCGGCGUUGCAAUCGCUUCUUGGCUCUGCUUUGCCACCUUGUACGCCGAGUCGAGCAUGCAGUGGAGAUUCCCGGUCGCCUGUCAAUGUCUUUUCGCGGGUUUGACAGUCAUCUGCUGUCUUUUUGUCCCCGAGACCCCCCGCUGGCUCGCCAAGCACGGACGGAAAGAGGAAGCCCGCCAUGUUAUCGCACGUCUCCUUGAUCGCCCUGAUGACGAUGAGGAGGUAUCUGGCCAGCUCACUGAGAUCCUGGAGAAUAUUGCCGCCGAAGUCAACGAGGAGGAGCCCACCUGGAAUGAAGUCUUCAGCAACGCAACCAAAGCGCGCAACUUGCAGCGCGUGCUCCUGGGCAUGGGUCCAUACAUGAUGAAUCAGUGGUCUGGUAUCAAUGCUCUGUGCUACUACUUGGCCUACAUUUUCCAGGAAUACCUUGGAUACAGCCAAUCGAUGGCCCUGAUUCUUGCAUCAGUGGCAUUCACGCAAUACGCUAUCUUCUCCUGGCCGCCAUAUUUCUAUAUUGACCGCAUCGGCCGCCGCUGGACUGUCAUGCUCAGCUCUGCCGGAUGUGCGGCUUGCAUGGCCAUUAUUGCUGGCUGCUUGUUGAAGACGGAGUACAAUAUGGCUGCCGCAGCAGUGGCGUUUAUGUUCCUUUACCUUGACUGCUUCACGCUCGGCAUUCUACCCGUCUCAUGGUCCUACAGUGCUGAAAUCCAGCCGCUGCGUGUGCGAAACAAGGCCACAGCCGUUGGUGUCUUCAGCCACUGGAUGUCCAACUUUGUUGUGGUCAUGGUCACGCCAAUUGGGCUCAGCAACAUCGGCGGCAACUACUUCUGGAUCUGGGCCAUCGUGUGCGCCAGCUUCAUCCCACUCACUUGGUUCUUCGGUGUCGAGACGUCCGGUCGCACACUGGAGCAGGUGGAUCAGAUGUUCCUCGAUGAGCCGCGUCUCUGCAUGGGCCUGAACCCGAACCACAUCAAGGUCAUUCACCAAAGUAAGGCGGAUGAGGAAUCGAGAUUCAGAAACAUCACGGAGAAGAGGGCUAGCAUCUCCGAGGUCGAGCAGAAAGAGUAG